AAAAAAUAAAAAAGAAUGAAUCAAAGUCGCAAAUAGUAGAGUCUCCAAAAAUCAAAGACUUAAAAUAUUUAAAUAGAAAAGAAGGAAAUUCGCUCUAAGCAAUACGAGAAAACAUACUCUAAAGCAAUACAUCCUUCUAAUUUGUAAUCAAAACCUUUAUCUCUAAAAAAUUUAGAUUUAGCCUUACCUAACAAGUAUUCAUACAAUAAAAAUUACAUAGGUCAAUAUCUUAAUAAGAUAAUUCAUUUUAAGAUGAUAAAAGUUGUUGCUGUUUCGACUGCGGAAAGUUGAGCAAGAAAAUAAGAAAUUUAUAGAAAAAAUUCUUGUUGUUCCAUACCAAAAUGUCAUUGAAGGAAAAGUAGAGAUUAAUUAAGAGAUUUUAAAAUGCUGUUCAUUGCAUCAUUUAUCUGAUAGAGAAAUGGAAAAAAGUAAGAUAAUUAGAAAGAGCUAAAAGACUCUUAAGGUUUAAGACAAAAGUUUUUGAAAAUUAACCUUUCUUUCAAUCUUAAACUCCUUCGAAUUAGGCUUAAAUACUAUUUUAAAAUUCCUAAUUUCAAAAUGAAGAAAAAUAAGCAAUAAGUUCAUAGUUAUAAUCGAUUUAAGUAAAAAUUUUUGAUUAAAAGAACAAAUAAAGGUAAUAAGUAAAGUUAUAUUUAUAAUAAAAACUUAAUAAUAAAAAUGACGGGUAAGGAUUGCUUCCAAAAAUAGAUUAUAAUAAACAGAGUAAUUCAAUUGUAACUUCAGUAUUGAGACCUAUAAGGAUUCUAAAGACACUUGGAGAUGAAUAAAAAUCGAUUCAUAAAGAAUAAAAUUUAUCAACUUAAAAAUCAUUUGUAGUUCAAUCUCCUUAUCUAAGCCAUUAAAGCUUAAUUAAAUAAUAAGAUUAAUAAAUCUAAGUUAUAAAAUCGCCUCGAUAGAUUAUAAAAAGUUUUGCUUCAGAAAUAUUUUUUCCAUAAAAAACUUAGAAAACUGAAUAAAGAAAAAUGAUUAUUUAAAAAUUAAGAAAAAUAGAAUGA